GGAGGCGCGGUGUCAGUUUGUAGGAGAGCUGUCGAUAUUCUGGGAAUAAUAAGUGUCCUCGUUGGACAGCUUGUUGGAUAGCCAGGAUCAACCAGUCAAAUUUUCUGAUUUGCUAUGGAUCAUCAAAGUAAAUAAGAACAACAACAAAAGAUGUUAAAUUCAGGCGUCAAUCAUACUGGAACCAGCGAUGUUAAGUCAACGGUUUACCUCCUGGCCAGAACUGUCAGAUCAUUUAAGGUGCUAUCUGUGAAGUCUGACGCCUUGGCUGUUUAGAGCUUCAGUGGUUGAGAAAGGGGUAUGGCCCCAGCCCUGACCAAAAUCCUGAAAGACGGCCAUGGCAUCCACCUGUCCUCCCCUCCUUCCUCUGUCAGAGUGGACCCAAAUGCCGUGCAAAGGACUGAGCUGGAUCCUCACGUGAGAGCGACAGAGGACGGUGACCCCCAGGAUAUGUGGCUGAACCUUUCCUUGUUUCCCUCUCUGGACUCCUGCCUUCCCACGAGCCCCCUGGACGUCUCUGCCAACCCUGUGCUUUCCCCUUGUCUGCAGGUGUCUGCCAGCCAGUGUGAGGCAGUACUCUUCCCCAGCCCUUCUUCCCUCCUCAGCUUCCUGUCCUUCAAUAAAGGCCAGAGAGAUUCUCAUCAGGUGGUCUCCGUCUUACCAGGUGUACUAGACAUGUUUUUAGGCCCUGUCCCUGAGCACAAUAGCCAAGAGGCUUGUCUGCUGCAUGGCCAUGGUGCUGCUCCUGAAUGUGGGCCAGAUGGUGGUGAUGUGCAUCACUCCAGUUUUACCAGUGCCAGUGUUUCUCCUUCAGAUUCCCUUUGGGAGAUGAAAUCCCAGGGCUGCACUCCCUUCUUUGCACCCCCACCCACACUGACACAGGACAAAGCAUCUGGAAUGGGUUUUCCUCCUCCAGCUUCAGUGCAAUCUUGUGUUGGCAGGGUGAACUUUGAGCAACUGGCAUCUAGAGCUGUACUGGAGGAGGCUGUGAAGGAGCAGCUCUCCAGGCAGGCAGGACUGCACAGCCGAGCUUUGAGGCUGCAGAGGAGACUGCAAGCCCUGCUUGGAGAGCACGCUUUACUACACUGCGACCAGCAGCUGGAGGGGUUGAAAAGGCACGGUCAUCUCGGAGAUGCGUCUCUUGACAGCUUAGACUCCAUAUAUCCUGGUAUACUGCCUCCACAAGCGGGCAGUAAACCCUGUUGUUCUUGGCCAGAGUUGUCCACAGCCUCAUCGUCCUCCACAGAGAUCAGAGAGUUUAGCCGCUCCAGCCAGGCGGUGCUGAGAGGCCUGCAAGAGGCCUUGGAUUCUGAGGCCACGGCCAGCAGCAGCUCAGACGAUGAGUUAGAGGAGGAUAAGAGUCACGGCAAAACCAAGACUUCACCUGUCAGCAGCAGCAGCUGUGAGAGGCGAUGGCUAAAAGAGAGAGCGGAGCUGGGCAGCAGAUGGAGCUGGUUGCAGCUGCGUCUGGCUGAACUGGAGGGGAGGACACAACAACUGGUGGAGCUCCACAAGCACAUCCGCUCUUCCAAAGGUGGUGUGGUGCUUGCAGAGUCCCAGCCGCUGACAGACAGACAGAUUCAGCAGACGCUGCUGAGGGAAAUGGCAGGGUUAUCCUGCACAGCCUCGGAUACUGACACUGAACCCUGCAGCCCCACUCGCCUUCUGCACAACAUAGAGAGACAGAGUGCCCAGCUUAGCCAGAUCGUGAACAGUCUGAUGCCUCCUCUCAGCUUUUCACCGCUCUCAAAACAAGCACAGGCCUGUCAGUCCAAGAGAGCCUUCACAAGUGGUCAGAAAGGAGAUGAUGUUUUUAUGCCUGGGAGCUCUAAGAGAAGGAGACUGACGACAAGAAGGUUCUUGAAGGCUGAUGUAUCCUGCGUUUGUGCCCGAACUCGACCCUUGGUUACGUACCACAAGCCCAAACUGUUCACUUUCAGCACCUACAAACCCAGCAGUCCACAGGACUCGGGGAAGUGCACAUCCACCCUCUCCUCUUCAUUUCCCUGUUCGUGCUGCUCCUCUUGUGAUCCUGUAGUCCUGUGUUCAGAUCCUGACUGCAGCUCCAGCUUGGCCCCAUCCUCCAGGAAGCAGCGCUCCAGACCUCACCCUGUGCUGUCUCUUUCAUUUGAUACUCCUCUGUCCCACCACUUACAGAGAGCCCUUGACAGAGAAGUAUGGUCCCAAAGGCCUUUAGUUAUCAACGCCCAAUCGCCGACUCCAACACGCUACAACAGACGCAGCUCCACGCCACUGCGCAACAGUCACAAAUACAAGCAGCAUGCAAGGCAUCAUAAAAGCAGAGUUAUGAGUCUGUCACCAAUUGGCAUGACAGGCUAUACUCAGAGUCAACUUAGAAGAACCAAUCAGAGGAAAAGGAAGAGAAGACACAUCCAUAGACUGAUAGAAGAUGAGGUCUUGUACCAGCUCUGUGAGCCAGAGGAAAGUUCUGAUGAAGUGCUGGAGGAGAGCUACACACAGGUUUCACGCAAGCGGGCCUCUCAAGGCUCUGUUCGUAAACGCCAGAGAGAGAGUGUGUACAGCAUAAACAACGUUGUCAUCCCCAUGUCACUGGCUAAAGUGGAAAAGCUGCAGUACAAAGAUAUCCUCACACCCAGGUGGCGGGUCGUGCACACUCUGUCUCUAAUAGAGAACGAGGCAGAGAAGGAGGAGGACAAUAAGGAGGGGCAGGUUGAGGAUCUCAGUGAUGAAGUCUUUGCUCAGAGGCAUGUGGCUUUGGAGCAGAGAGAGAAAUUGCGUUGGCCAUCCUGGGGAAGGAGAAAAUGCUGCAGGCGUCCUACACGAUCUGGCAGCAGGCUGUCAGGCAGUGGGGGUGGGAUGUGCACAUCAGGAGAGGAGAGCUCUGUGGAGUGGAGUGGUGCUCAGCUGGAUACUGAUGAACAGCCAAGCUCAGAGGAGUGGCUGCCUCAGACACCCUGGGAGCCACGAGUGUUUCCUUUGGAUGAGGAUGAGGAGGAAGUCCUGCUCUGUGAUAGAUUAGAGAACGCCCCCUCAGGGCGGUCAGAGUCCAGCUUUGCAGCUUCCUCCUCAAAGAACUCGAACUCCCAUCUCUCCCCAGCUCAGUCUUCUGGUGCUACACUGCCCUCUGGUGCACAGAGCAUGAGUAUUACACCCAAUGGCAGCUGAGGGAGCAGUGCCUUACUUUUUAAUAUCUCCUCUUGUCUUGGACCACGAGGAGAAAAUGUGCCCUGGGAACCUUAAUUAACACAUUCCAUUAUUACAGUGAUUUGAUGUUAUUAGUUUAAUGAUUUGAAGCAAAAAUGUUAAUUUUUGUGAGUAAGUUGUAGUUUUAACUGACAACUGUAGCUCCUGCUACACUUUCAGGUUUUAAUGUAUGAGAGGUACUGUAUGUAAAGAAAUAUAUACCAGCACAACUCCACUGUAGUCUCAGAUUUGUGUACGGUUUGUAGUUGUCACUUACUAUUUAUUUUCACUGUUGUCUUAAAAAGUCUGUAUAAAAUUACUUUAAGUACAUACAUAUUAACUUUUACCUUAUUUACUUGUGAUUUUUAAUUUCACAUUUUUUAUUGAUGUUGUGAUUUUGAUAUAUUUUUUAUGAAGAAAGGAAAACUUGCUAGUAAACAUAAGCAUUAGUAAACA